AUGUCAGUUUCAGAUGCCAGAUGCAUUUCCAGCCCUGGGGAGCGCUUCGACGGGGUGGAAGUGGCCGAACAGUGCAGUCCAGACUGCCAGCGCUGCACCGCCGACCUCCAGACCGGCGUCGGCAGCGUCUGUCUGUGGUGCAGAGCUCCGAGGACGUGGCUGCUGGGCGACCACUGCGUCUCCGACUGUCCUCCGGGCCGCUACGCUUGGCACGGAGCCUGCAUCAAAUGCCAUGCGUCCUGCGAGUCCUGCAGUGGGGCGGGGCCUCUCUCCUGCACUUCCUGUCUGUCCGGCAGCGUUCUGCUGCCCUCCGGCCUCUGCGCUCCGAAGUGCCCCCUCGGUUACUAUGACAACGGCCAGCGGGUUUGCCAGGCGUGCGACAGCCAGUGUCUGACCUGCGACAUGGCCGGCGUCUGCUCGUCGUGCCGCGACCCGACCAAGGUGCUGCUGUUCGGGGAGUGCCAGUACGACAGCUGCGCCCACCAGUACUACCUCAACACCACCACGCGCACCUGCAGAGAGUGCGACUGGAGCUGCAACGCCUGCAAAGGUCCUCAGCGCACCGACUGCCUGCAGUGCAUGGACGGAUACGUGCUGCAGGAUGGAGUAUGCGGGCCCGGAUGUUCCCCGGGCUCCUAUCAGGACGGAGACAGAUGCCUCGCUUGUGACGACCACUGUACGGAGUGUGCAGGUCCUGGACGGUGUCGGGAGUGUCAGCCUCCGUACGCCACCCUGCAGGGACAGUGUGUGCUCGAAUGUGGCCGAAACCACUUCCUGGACUCCAACGUCUGCAAACGUACGACGUGCUCGUCCGACUGCGUGCUGUGCGACGGCGUCGGACGCUGCAGAGCUUGCCGUGAUCAAACCUACCUCAUGGAGGGAUACUGCACCCCCGACUGUGGUCACGGGUACUACGCCGACCAGAAGACCAGGACCUGCAACGCUAACAGCCACCCUCCGGUCCUCCGGGUCAACGGCUCCUUGCUGGUUCCCCUGGACGGUUCCGCCCCGCUGCCCUCCACCCUGCUGCAGGUGACGGACCCGGACGGUCCCCCGGACCAGCUGGUCUUCAGCCUGGUUCAGGCUCCCGCUAGCGGACAGCUGGUUCUGCUGGGAGGAGAGGACGGAGGGGAAGCAGAGCUGGGCCGGGACGACACCUUCACCUGGGCACAGCUGGACCUGGGCCGGGUCCGGUUCAGGCACCGCAGGGACGAAGCCAGGACCGGUGAGUUCAAGCUGCGAGCCGCCGACCCUCAGCUCCUCUCCCAACCGGAGACGGUCCAGGUCCGAGUCGUGUCGAUGCAGCCUCCGAGCGUUGUGACCCUGGCCGUCCUUCCCGUGGAGGGCCGCGGCAGCUCGGCAACCAUCACCAAGGCGACCCUGCAGGUGGACGACCCCGACAAUGCGGCCGACGUCCUGGUCAUGGUUCUGGAGCCGCCGCGCCACGGCCGGCUGACCCGUCUCCACGGCGACCGGGCGCUGAGCCGCUUCAAGCUGGAGGAGUUGUCGCGGGAACAGAUCCAGUACGUUCACGACGGGUCGGAGGCCGAGCAGGAUGCCGCGGUGCUGCAGGUCAACGACGGACACAGCUACAGCAACGUCCUGCUGAGGGUCCGCAUCAGCCAGAAGGUAGGCGGGUACUCUCCUCAAGUACUGUCCUUGCCAAAGACCUGGGUGAAGGAGGGAGGGAUGGUGCGCCUGGAUAAGAAAUACCUGCAGACGGACUACAAGGGAGUCAGCGCUGAUGAUAUCGUCUACACCAUCCUUGGCUUGGAUGGGCAACCGAAAUACGGUGAGGUGGUUCUGGUGUCCAUGCCAUCUGACGGACCGUCCGACGGCUGGCAACCUUCGCUAACCGACGAUCGAGGCCUCACCCCGACGACUUCUUUCACCCAGCAGGACGUGAACGACGGCACGGUCUGGUAUCGACACUUUGGCACCGGAAGAAGUAGCGACUCCUUCCAGUUCCAGGUUUCCACGGAGGCGUCGCCGCUCGUACAAAGCGACGCUCAGACCUUCACCAUCGGAGUUCUGCCUCAGAUCCCAGGAUUCCCUCAGCUGGCGCCGGACUGCGACCUGCAGAUCACAGCUCUGGAGGAUCGAGUGACUGAGUUGACGCCUUCAGCUUUGUCCUUUGUUGACACCGAGACGCCCGACGAGAAGCUCGUCUACAACAUCACCAAACCGCUUCCACCAGGACAAGGGGCCAUCGAGCACCGCGACCGGCCGUACACGCCGGCGAGGCAUUUCACUCAGGCCGACGUCAACAACGGCAAGAUCAUCUACAGACCGCCGGCGGCUCCGUCACACCUGCAGGAGCUCUACCAGUACUCCUUCAUAGGGCUGCCGGAGUCGCUGAGCGUUUAUUUCACAGUGUCGGAUGGUGAACACACGACUCCCGAGCUGGACUUCGCCGUUCUGCUGCUGUCCAACCACCACCAGCCGCCGGUGUUUCAGGUCCUGGACCCGCUGCUGGAGGUCGGCCGGGGAGGUCAAGCGUCCAUCGGAGGUCAGCAGCUGGCGGUGAGCGACGCCGACACAGCGCCGGACGAGCUGGAGUUCGAGCUGGUGGACGCGCCGAUCCACGGAGACCUGGUCAAAACCGAGGGCGGCGCAAGCACCCGCAUGGCCAACGGCGACGUCUUCACCUUCAGCGACGUCACCCGUAACGCCCUGCUGUACCGCCACGGCGGCCUCUCCACGCAGGACGACGCCAUCACCUUCUCGGUCAGCGACGGCAUCUCCAUGGCGACCACGGUGGUGCAGGUGGUGGUGCUGGGUGCCGGCGGCGACGGGCCUCGGAGGGACCCAGGGGCCUCGCUGUCGCUGGAGGUCGGCGAGAAAAGCAGCACCGUCGUCAGGCGCUCCAACCUGGCGUACACCGAUGACACGUCUCCAGACGACCAGAUCCGGAUCCAGCUGGUGUCGGUGCCGAUGUACGGCAUCCUGACCCGGAGCCAGUCGCAGCAGGAGCACCAGGAGCUGAGGGAAUAUUCGUCCUUCACCAUGGAGGACGUCAGCAAGAGCCGGAUCAGGUACAUCACUUCACUGGAGACGGGGAGUCAGCCGGUGACUGACAUCUUCCAUUUCGUUGUCCACGACGGAGACAACAAUCGCCUCGACAACCAGAUGUGCACCAUCACCAUCACCUCCACGCCGAGACAGCCGCCGGCGGUUACCGUCCGCAGCGGCAUCAAGGUCCAGGAAGGUGGUCGCGUGCAGCUCUCCACCAACCACAUCAUCGUGUCGGACGUUGACACACCCAGGAAGGACCUGCUGGUUUGGCUCGUCAGUCCUCCGAAAUACGGCUUCCUGGAAAACACCAAGAGAGGCUCGGUCGGAGGCGCCAGGAUCAUCACCCCCGACGUUCCCUUCUCCGUGGAGGACCUCACGUCCGACCACAUCUUCUACGUCCAGGACGGAGGCCGCAAACCGGACAGCGAGCAGGACGUGUUCAGCCUGUACAUCAGCGACGGAACCAGUCAGACGGAGGCCUUCGCCGUGGAGAUCGACAUCCAGGAGAGUAAGGAGGACCGGCAGCCGGUGGUGUCCGUCAGCAGCAUCCACGUGGAGGAAAACUCGGGCGUCGUCAUCACCAACUCGUCCCUCAGCGUCCUGGACCAGGACACUCCAGAGAACGAGAUCCUCUUCACCAUCAUCAGGAUUCCCGCCUACGGUCUGCUGCAGUUCAGCCACGAGAAAGGCGAGAAGGGAGGCAGCCUGUCGUUCAAGUUCAACCUGGUCGACCCCGAGGGCAACAAGCUGAUCGACCAGUCCUUCUUCAUCAGCGUGCUCGAGGACCGUCUUCCUCCAUCUGUGGUGGUGAACAAAGGCCUGGUGCUGGACGAAAACACCAUGAAGAAGCUGACGACGCUGCAGCUGUCGGCCAGCGACCAGGACAGCGAGCCGGGAGAACUCAUCUACCGGAUCACCAAGCAGACGAGCUUAGGACACCUGGAGCACGCCACCAAUCCAGGCACCAGAAUCAGCAGCUUCACUCAGGCCGACCUGGCGUCUCGCAGCGUCCAGUACGUCCACACCAGCGAGGAGGAGAAACACGCCGACCAGUUCUCCUUCACCGUGUCAGACGGCAACAACGAGGUGGCCCAGACCUUCUACAUCACCAUCAAGCCGGUGGACGACUCGCUGCCUCUGCUGCAGGUUCCAGGUAUGAGGGUCCAGGAGGGCGUCAGGAAGACCAUCACCGAGUUCGAGCUCAAAGCCACCGACGCAGACACCGAGGCCGAGUCCAUCGUCUUCUCGGUGGUCCAGCCUCCUCGCCACGGCACCAUCGAGCGCACCAUCAACGGGCAGCACUACCGGCAGACCGGCACCUUCACCAUGGACGACAUCUACCAGAACCGCAUCAGCUACAACCACGACGGCUCCAACUCGCUGAAGGACCGCUUCACCUUCACGGUGGCCGACGGCACCAACCUGCUCUUCAUGGUGGAGGACGGCGGCAAAGAGAUCGUGACAGCAGCUCCCCAGAAGUUUAAGAUCGAUAUUCUGCCUGUCGACGACGGGACACCACGAAUCGUCACCAAUCUGGGGCUGCAGUGGCUGGAAUACAUGGACAACAAGGCCACCAACCUGAUCACGAAGAAGGAGCUGCUGACGAUGGAUCCGGACACCGACGACACUCAGCUGGUUUAUGAGAUCACCACAGAGCCGAAGCACGGCUUCCUGGAGAGCAAGCUGAAGCCUGGAAACCCCGUCAGCACGUUUACUCAAGCCGACAUCAACCUGGGUCUGAUCCGCUACGUCCUGCAUCAGGAGAACGUCCAGGAAACGAUGGACAACUUCAAGUUCCUGGUGAAGGACAGCAAACCCAACGUGGUCAGCGACAACGUCUUCCACGUCCAGUGGUCUCUGAUCAGCUUCGAGCACAAAAGCUACAACGUGAGCGAGAAGGCCGGGACGGUGGCGGUGACGGUGAAGAGGACCGGUAACCUGAACCAGUACGCCAUCGUGCUGUGCAGGACCGAGCAAGGCAGCGCCACGUCCACCAGCAGCACCGGAUCCAAACCGGGCCAGCAGGACUACGUGGAGUACGCAGGACAGGUGCAGUUUGACGAGCGCGAGGACACCAAGGUGUGCACCGUGGUCAUCAACGACGACCAGGUGUUCGAGGGCGUGGAGAGCUUCCAGGUGGAGCUCAGCAUGCCGGUGUACGCGCUGCUGGGCGGCAACACGCGCGCCGCCGUGCACGUCAACGACACCGAGGACGAGCCGACGCUGCAGUUCGACAAGAAGACGUACCACGUCAACGAGAGCACCGGCUUCGUCCACGCCCCCAUUGAGAGGAAAGGCGACGCCUCCAGCACCGUGUCGGCGCUCUGCUACACCGUGGCCAAGUCGGCCCAGGGCAGCAGCCUCCACGGCCUCGAGUCCGGCUCCGACUACAAGAGCCGCGGCAUGACCACCGACAACCGGGUCGUGUUCGGGCCCGGCGUCAGCAUGUCCACCUGCGACGUCAAGCUCAUCGACGACAGCGAGUACGAGCUGUCCGAGGAGUUCGAGCUGGUGCUGUCGGACGCCUCCGACAACGCCCGCAUGGGGGACGUGUCGGUGGCCAAGGUGGUGAUCGACGGGCCCAACGACGCCUCCACCGUUACCCUCGGCAACGCCACCUUCACCUUCAGCGAGGACGCAGGCACGAUUGAGAUACCGGUGCUGCGCCACGGCAGCGACCUGUCCUCCCUCACCUCCGUCUGGUGCGCCACCAGGCCGUCGGACCCUCCAUCGGCCAGCCCGGGGGUCGACUACAUCCCCAGCUCCAAGAAGGUGGAGUUCAAACCUGGAAAAACCGAAGAGACCUGCAGUUUGACCAUCAUGGACGACGUCCAGAACCCGUCCAUCGAAGGAUCUGAGUCUUUCAUCGUGUUCCUCAGUUCACCUCAAGGCGCUGUCCUGCAGGAACCCUACGAGGCCAACGUGGUCAUCACCGACACCUUCCAGGACAUUCCCAGCAUGCAGUUUGAGAAGAGUGCCUACACUGUGAAGGAGAAAGACAACGUCCUCCACAUCCCCAUCUUCCGGACCGGUGACCUGUCCUUCAAGUCGUCGGUUCGCUGUUUCACCAGAACCAUGUCGGCCAUGGUGAUGGACGACUUCGAGGAGAGAAGAAACGCAGACGAGUCGCGCAUCACUUUCCUCAAAGGAGAGAAGGUGAAAAACUGCACAGUUCACGUAAACGACGACUCCGUCUUCGAGCCUGAGGAGGAGUUCCAGGUGCAUCUCGGGACGCCGCUCGGCGACCACUGGAGCGGCGCCAUGGUGGGCGUGAACGACAUCGUCACCAUCACCAUCACCAAUGAUGAAGAUGCUCCCACCAUCGAGUUCGAGCAGGCGUCCUAUCAGGUCAGAGAGCCUCCAGGUCCAGACGGCAUCGAGGUUCUCAACAUUAAGGUGAUCCGUCGCGGCGAUCUGGACCGAACAUCCAAGAUCCGCUGCAGCACCCGGGACGGAUCGGCCCAGUCCGGGGUCGACUACAAUCCCAAGAGCCGUGUGCUCAAAUACACCCCUGGAAUGGACCACAUUCUGUUCAAAGUGGAGAUUCUGUCCAACGAGGACAGGGAGUGGCACGAGUCCUUCUCAUUGGUUCUUGGCCCCGACGACCCGGUGGAGGCGGUGCUUGGGGAGAUCACCAUGGCAACGGUGACCAUUCUGGACCAGGAGGCUGCAGGCAGCCUCAUCCUCCCUGCUCCACCUAUUGUGGUCUCACUCGCCGACUACGAUCACGUCCAGGAGGUCACCAAAGAAGGCAGCAAGAAGACUCCAUCUCCAGGUUACCCUCUGGUGUGCGUCACCCCCUGCGACCCCCACUAUCCCAAAUACUCAGUGAUGAAGGAGCGCUGCGAGGAGGCAGGAAUCAACCAGACCCAAGUCCACUUCUCCUGGGAGGUGGCGGCGCCAACGGACACCAGCGGUGCCCGGUCGCCCUUUGAGACGGUCACUGAUACGACGCCGUACACCAGCGUCAACCAUAUGGUCCUGGACAGCAUUUAUUUCAGCCGCCGCUUCCACGUCCGCUGCGUGGCUCAGGCCCGAGACAAAGCCGGCCACCUGGGAACACCGCUGAGGAGCAACAUCGCCACCAUCGGCACCGAUGGCUCCAUCUGCCACACUCCUGUCACCACGGGAACCGCCAGAGGCUUCCAGGCCCAGUCCUUCAUCGCCACGUUGAAGUACCUGGACGUGAAGCACAAAGAGCAUCCAAACCGGAUCCACAUCUCGGUGCAGAUCCCCCACCAGGACGGGAUGCUGCCCCUGGUGUCCACCAUGCCGCUGCACAACCUCCACUUCCUGCUGUCUGAGUCCAUCUACAGGCAGCAACAUGUCUGCUCCAACCUGGUCACCCUCAAAGACCUGCAGGGCCUCUCCGAAACCGGUUUCCUGGACGACGUUUCCUAUGACAGCAUCUCGUUAGGACCGGGAUUCGACCGCCCCUACCAGUUCAACCCCAACGUCCGCGAGGCCAAGAGCAUCCAGCUCUACAAACACCUCAACCUCAAAAGCUGCAUCUGGACCUUCGACGCCUUCUACGACAUGACGGAGCUCAUCGAUGUCUGCGGCGGCUCCGUCACUGCCGAUUUCCAGGUCCGAGACUCGGCUCAGUCCUUCCUGACGGUUCAGGUUCCUCUCUACGUCUCCUACAUCUACGUGACGGCGCCGAGAGGCUGGGCUUCUCUAGAACACCACACCGAGAUGGAGUUCUCCUUCUUCUACGACACGGUGCUCUGGAGAACAGGUAUCCAGACCGACAGUGUCCUCUCAGCCAGGCUGCAGAUCAUCAGGAUUUACAUCAGAGAAGACGGGCGGCUGGUGAUCGAGUUCAAAACUCACGCCAAGUUCAGAGGUCAGUUUGUUCUUGAACACCACACUCUGCCGGGUCACAAGUCCCGCCUGAUGGCCCCGGACCACCUCGGAGGCAUCGAGUUCGACAUGCAGCUGCUGUGGAGCGCCCAGUCCUUCGACUCGCCCUACCAGCUGUGGAGGGCCACCAGCUCCUACAGCAGGAAGGACUACUCUGGAGAGUACACCGUCUUCCUGAUCCCCUGCACCGUCCAGCCGACUCAGCCGUGGAUCGACCCGGGAGACAAGCCUCUGUCCUGCACGGCUCACGCUCCAGAGAAGUUCCUGGUGCCGAUCGCCUUCCAGCAGACCAACCGGCCCGUCCCGGUGGUUUACUCCCUCAACACCGAGUUCCAGCUGUGCAACAACGAGAAGGUGUUCAUGAUGGACCCGGCCUCGGCUGACGUCUCCAUGGCCGAGAUGGACUACAAGGGAGCCUUCUCCAUGGGCCAGACGCUGUACGGCCGGGUGCUGUGGAACCCCGAGCAGAACCUGAACGCCGCCUACAAGCUGCAGCUGGAGAAGGUUUACCUUUGCACCGGCAGGGACGGAUACGUUCCCUUCUUCGACCCCACGGGGACGCUGUACAACGAGGGCCCUCAGUACGGCUGCAUCCAGCCCAACAAGCACCUGAAACACCGCUUCCUGCUGCUGGAUCGUAAGCAGCCGGACGUUUGCGACAGAUUCUUCCACGACGUUCCCUUCGAGGCUCACUUUGCCUCCGACCUCCCGGAGCUGCAGACAAUGACGUCCAUGCCGGGAGUCGACGGCUUCACCAUGAAGGUCGACGCUCUGUACAAGGUGGAGGCGGGGCACCAGUGGUACCUGCAGGUGAUCUACGUGAUCAGUCCGGAGUCCCGGUCCAGUCCCAGGAUCCAGCGCUCGGCCACCUACCAGCUGAGUCGCCCCCGACGAGACCUGGUGGAUCGCAGCGGGCGCCUGACGCUCGACGAGUCGCUCAUCUACGACAACGAGGGCGACCAAGUGAAGAACGGCACCAACAUGAAGUCUCUGCGCCUGGAGGCCGGGCCGUCCGCCACCUUCAACGCCCACGUGGGCAGCUCGGUGGGCGGGGGCGUGGCCGCCGUCACCCUGCUGGUGCUGGUGCUGCUCGCCGCCUGCUUCGUGUUCCGCCGCUGCCGCAGGAGUUCGGCUAAGAAGAAGGGCAAGAAGGCUGCCAAGGCCUACGAGGAGUACCCGCUCAACACCAAGGUGGAGGUGUGCAUGGACAAGUGCGUGGAGAAGAACUUCAGCACCAAGCACUGCACGGUGAGGAACGUCAACCUCCUGAACCGCAACCAGGAGCCCAACGGCAAGGCCAAGGUGAAGCAGGUCAACCUGGAGGUGAAACUCCACAACAACCUCAGCGACGGCACCGAGGUCUGAAACCAGGAGGAAGAGGAGAGGGAGUCAGAAUUUAACAAAAAAGGUAUUUUCUAAAAACGAAAAAAAAGAGAGAGAGAGGUUUGUACUAAAUGGAAACGAGAUGUUUGUUAAUGUAUUUUUAUACCACUUUGAAAAAGGGAAGAGUGCGACGUGCAGGGCUACCUCAGGAAUCCACACAAACCACCACUCUGAUCAUCACUGUCGUACUUGACUUUCAGCACCAAAAACACUGGUGAACGGUAGCUCAGACACUGGCGAUUGUUUCGACGAAAAAAACAAACACUUCUCUGCUGCAUCUAGUCAUUUCACUGCUGCGAGUUCAGAUCCUGCAUUAAAACUUUCCUUUAGAGCGACUUGUACGCCAGCUACUGAGUAUUAAAGCACCAACGGAGUGUAAAUGAAACCUUUUCAAGUGCAAUUACGCCACAAGUUUUUUGUUAUUCCUUCCAUGAGCAGGAACAUUGUUUGCAUUUAAAAAAACAAACAUGUAUUUCAAGCCUUACUUCAAGACAUUUGUACUGAUGAUUUUUCUGGCAAAUUCUUAGUUUUGUUCGUACUCCGACAGCUGCCAAUAAUAAGUGCCAUGCAGUAUUUUUUUAUCAUUAUCAGAACAAAGUCAUCCAAAGUGUUUUUCUUUUCGUUUUGUCCGUGUGAUUUUAAUGCGAUUGUAAUUUUAAAAAGCGAGACAGCCGAUGUUUCGAUCCCGUCCACACGAGCGACUGCUUUCGCCUUACUACUGUCCUGAUGGGAAUAAUCACUUUAUUAUUAACGAUGUAUUUUAUAGGAAACGUGUGUCUACCUGCCUUCGUUCUGCCAAAAGACACAGAAUCCCUCACUUUGUUUUUAUUUCCUCUUCUCACAUCUCACUCAAAUGUUUUUUUUUAUUCAUUUAUGUAUCAUUAUGUUACCCUCUUAUGAUGUAUUAUGACUCAGCUACUGAUGUACCCACGAUGUUACUGUAAUUUUUCUUUUUUUUUUAAAAUAAGGUGAAAGACACUGGAUAGAGAGCACUGCAAAAAAAAAAAAAAAAAGAUAUGUUCACGUGAGCUGUUGACACGUCUUUUCUCUAAUGUCCACCUCCUGUCGUCUUUCAACUGUGUGCCUAUCAAACUACCACGGGAAACGGGGAAUUGUGGGAAAUGACGUUAUAUUUUUGGUGCUAUCAUUUUGUUGGACGAGAAAACAACAAUGCUAUCGAUAUGAUGCCUGUAUUUGGUGCCUUUUUUUAGUAAUAAAAAAUAAAUUUGAAACACAA